GAACCUGUCGUGUCAUGCCAGUUGUCCAAGCACGUUCUGUGUCAGUGGGCUGAGACGGGCACAAAGGCCCACCGUCACUUAACGCCGCCUUAUCGUAACAAGGACAUGAAGCAAUAUUUCUUACUGAAUGAAUAGUGGGCUCGACAACCUAAAAAAAAUAAGCGACGCGCUAGCAUGCUUAGCACUGAAGCUAACGUUAAACCGCCCAGGUGGCAGGUUGUUUUUAAUCAACUUAACUUGGUCAACGUGAGCUCAACACUGCUGGCGACUGGGCCUAGUUGGGUGUUUUAGAAACAGUCAAUCGGAUGUUUGAGGUUUAAGAGAGAACACGAUCACAGGGUCGCAUUAAACGGCUGUUUGUUACAGAUAAAUACGCGGAAGUCUUGCAUGAUAAGUGUGUGUCCUAUUCAGAGUAGACGGGCAAGCGGUUAACGUCUGGUUGGAGGCUUUGUUGACAGCGACUGAACGUCACCAAUCAAAAGAGCGGCUCAUUAAUCUUUUCUUUACCUGCCGUCAACGCCAGAUGGUGUCCUGUCCGUGGACAGGUGGAGUGCUGCAGUGUUUUGCGAGCUAAGUUAGAUUCAUGCGAAAUGUCAGCGCAAAAAGAUUGCGAGUUUUUGGUGAAGAGAGCCCGGGAUCUUGUCUCUGAUGACCCCUGUGCGGCCAAAGCCUGGCUCAUAACUGCCAGAACCCUUUACCCUGCAGACUUCAACAUACAGUAUGAAAUGUACAUCAUUGAACGCAACGCAGAGAGGACGGCUUCAGCGGGCAGACUGCUGUACGACAUGUUCAUUAACUUUCCAGAUCAGCCCGUCGUGUGGCGAGAGAUCAGCGUCAUCACAGCGGCACUCCGCAGUGACUCCCAGGACAAACAUGCGCAGUUUCUACGAGGGCUUUUCGAGACAUUGCCGGGCCGUGUGCAGUGUGAGAUGCUACUGAAAGCCACAGAGCAAUGUUUCAACACUUUGGAGAAGGCAGAGAUGCUGCUCCUUCUUCUCAAGCGCUUCCCUGACUCUGUGGUUCAACAUGGAAUCAAUCUAGGAGAAAAAUUGUUAGAGGCGGAGGCGUCGGAGAAUGUGGAGACGCCUGUCAACUGCUUCAGAAAACUUUUUGUGUGCGAUGUCCUUCCUUUGGUCGUAAACAACAUGGACAUGCGUUUGCCGGCCAGCCUGAUGCAGAAGUACAUGCUGAAAGCAGCUGAAUUCUACAUCGGCUACGUCACCCGGGGACCCUCGCCUGAUGUACAGACACAGGGCUCCCAGGAAGGUGGGUCUCUAAAGUCACCCACUGUGUCCCGUGGCUCUCAGCGGCAUGUGAUUGACGGUCUGUCUGAAAAGUCGUCAGUGGUAGCAGAACCUUGGGAGAGGCUGUUGGAUAUCCUCGCCGUGGUCGGAGCGCGCUGCGAGUGGCAGGGAGACAAGGGACAGAGAAGCUAUGUGGACAUGCUGCAGAGAGUGAAAGAGCUGUGUCGCUACCUGCCCGGUCUGGAAGGAGACACACGGUCCCGCUGCUGCAGUCAAGUGGUCAUUUGUUCUGCGCUCGUCCUCUUCCGCAGCGCCUUCCUAUACGUCUCUGCUGUGCAGCCAGCACUGUUCCAGGGUGUGAAUGCGUUGAGCUCGGGGCCGUGGAUCCUUGUAGAGGACUUGAGCUCGGUGUAUAAUGAUGUGGAGAUGGAAAGGGGAGCAGUGAAACAUGCACAUAAGAAACGCAAACUGGCCGAUGGGAGAGAGAAGACGAUGAGCUCGGAUGAUGAGGAAGGUUUGGGAAAAGGCCGCGGUCGACACAUUUUGGUGAACAAGACGGAAAUGCCCGGAUGGUUGGAGACUCUGGACAGCUUUCGCACAGCGAGGGAGAGCUGGGAGCUUCUUCACUCCCACGAUGGCCUGGAAACUGAGUUUAAGAAGAUCUGUGCCUCUUGGAAGACUGACAGCUGGCUGUGGUUCAGAAUAUUCCUCACCGACACAAUCAUAUAUCAGGGACAGUACCGUAAGGCCCUCUCCAGCUUGCACCAGAUGGCUGCAGUGCAGCAGCCUCUGCCUGGACAGCAGAGCCCCUCAGGUCAGGGCAGCCUGGAGCACCACAGGGCCCUCGUACAGCAAGCGUCCUGCCACUACGCACUGGGAGAGUACAGGAUGGCCUGUGAGAAGCUGCUUGAUGUUGUCGGGGCUUUGAUGCCCCCGAUUCAGGAAGCAACCAAGACUUCAGAAGAUCAAAGCAGAGUCAAGACCAGGAUGAGGAAAGGUAACGACCUGAGACUGCUUCCCUGCACCACCAAAGCUGUGUUACCUUUCUGCCUCCAGCUGAUGUUAGCCUGCUUCAAGCUCCGUGCCUUCACAGACAUUCGCGACGACCUGUCCCUCGGCCACGUGGUGGUGCUGCUGCAGCACGACUGGCCACAGGGCGAGAGGCUGUUUUUGAAGACACUGGAAAAGAUCUGCCAUCAAGGCAGUUUCCAGUACGAGAAUUUCUUCAACUAUGUCACCAACAUUGACAUGUUGGAGGAGUUUGCAUACCUGCGUACUCCAGAGGGCGGCAGGAUUCAACUGGAGCUCCUUCCCAAUCAGGGAAUGCUGAUAAAGAACCCCAGCCCCGCCCUGGGGGCGGAGUUAAAUACCCUUCUGCUACAAGGGGUGCAGACAAUGGACAGACACCACACUGUGACCCGCGGGAUCACCAAGGGAGUGAAGGAAGAUUUCCGUCUGGCCAUGGAGAGGCAGGUGUCGCGCUGUGGAGAGAACCUGUUCAGUGUGCUCCACCGUUUCUGCAUCAACGAGAAAAUUAUCAUCAUCCAGUCUCUCCCUUGACACACCUGGCACCUUUUGUGUGGCAGCUGGACUGACGUUAUGCCUCCAACACAGGACACACUUCCAACUAUCUUGUCUUCAUCAUGCAUCAAUGAACUCAUUAGAAAACAUUCCUUGCCUUAUAAGUGAACCCCUCUUUUCAGAGCGCAGGUGAGAAUGCUGGUACUCAUGCCAUUAACAUAUUAUGUGUGUAGUUUUCUUCUCAACGUGUGCAAAAACACAUUUGAAGUGUUUAUAAUCAAAUUGUGAUAUUUGUGGGAGUCAACAUUGACAAAAGAACUGAGUGUAUUUUUGAUAUUUUUAAGUUUAUUGUUUUUGUUACAAAUAUGUUAGCUCAUAUAAAUGUUUCCAUUAAAUGUCCUCAACAUGGUUUUAAAAAAAUGGAAAAUGAUUUAUGUCAAGCUCAAAAGAUGUCAGUUUGUCUUCAGCCGUUUGUACAAGAUUGAAAAUUCUACCCUCGACUGUCACACUUCUUCUUCACUCCAAAGCACCCAUGACCUU